ACCUGGUAUGCAGACGUGAAAUAUAAGUCACCUAUCGGGGCCCGUGUUAUCCCUUAGAGAAUGUAACGUAUCCGGGGAUAAAUGGUGCAAUGCCGACGUCGGCUAUCUCUCCCGCAACGGUGCCCAGCCGGGGUACGGCUAGGGCUAGACACCGACAUCUUUUUGUUUAAUCAGUCAAUUUAUCUUACUACCUGCCUAAUAAUAUUUCACUAUUUCUUACAUGUACAUUACGUCGGAUUUAUUGGUAGUUUCUUUUUUAAACGCCGUUAAUUAUUGCAUAAAGCUACUAAAUGUUCGGGACAAUCGUAAAGCCCCUCAAAUGGUUUUACCAUGAGUUCGGAAUCGCCGCGAUCCACGAGACCGGUCGGAAUGCCUACCUUAUUAUCUUGGCGCGGACGUGCCGGAUGUUUGCGUACGGGACCAAUGCGCUGAUUUUAGCCAUCUUCUUCUCCGCCUUGGGGAUAUCGGAUCAUCAAAUUGGCCUGUUCAUGACAUUUACGCUGGUGGGAGAUGUCGUCCUCGGAACGUUUCUUACACUCGUCGCAGACCGCGUCGGAAGACGGAAAGUCUUGCUCGGUGGCUCCGUAUUGAUGAUACUGAGCGGUCUCAUAUUUGCUGUCUUUGAAAAUUUCUGGAUUUUGCUCCUCGCUGCGAUCGUCGGUGUUAUUAGUGUUACCGGUGGAGACUUUGGGCCAUUUCGAAGCAUCGAAGAGUCUAUAAUAUCGCAGCUUACUACCCCUUCGACAAGAGCAGAUGUAUUGUCGUGGCAUGUCACUACGGCACUCUUUGGCUCGUCGUUAGGAAGUGAACUAUCAGGAAGAGUCCUCCGCUACCUUCAGAGUAAGGAUAAUUGGACCGAGGUCGACUCAUACCAUGCCCUCUUUUGGAUAUACGCCGUAAUGGGCGUUGUUAACCUUGUAUUGGUCCUAUUUCUAACAGACGCGUGUGAACUGCAACCAGAGAAGGAAGCCUACACAGAGCUCACACAAGAUGAUAGCACAGACGACACCGACGUAGAUCCGGGGCAUUCUGAAGAGCCUUCGGAGGUGACCCCUACCCCUCAAGCAUCUCGAAAUUGGAUUAUUCGAGUCUUUAGGUGGCUAUCGGAUCAACUAGCUCAAAUAUCACCGCCAACCCGAUCGGUCAUGUAUAAGCUCUGGUUCCUGUUGGCUGUCGACUCACUUUCAGACGGGAUGGUGCCGUACUCUCUAACCAACUAUUAUAUGGACGAAAAGUUUCAUCCAGCCAAGUCAACCCUUGGUGACAUUACCUCGUUCAGUUACUUUAUGGGCGCCAUCUCAGCGGCGUUUGCAGGUCCCCUAGCGCGAAAAAUCGGAUUGAUUAACACAAUGGUAUUUACUCACACUCCAUCCUCCGCCGCUGUCUUGCUCUUCCCUUUCCCGCCUUAUCUCUGGAUGACGGCAGGGCUUUUGCUCAUCCGCGCGGGGUUGAAUAAUAUGGACCAAGCACCGCGAGCAGCCUUCAUAGCAGCAGUAGUGAAGCCCGAAGAGCGAACUGCGGUUAUGGGCAUCACGUCCACCGUUAGGACUCUAGCCGCUACGACGGGGCCUACAGUCACCGGAAUGUUGGCUUCGAGCGACCGAUUUUGGAUUGCCUUCAUUGUGGCAGGUAGCUGUCGUCUAUCAUAUGACUUCGGCCUAUAUGCAAUGUUCGUGAAUAUGAAACUUCACACGCAUGAAAAGCCGGCCGACCCGUCUAAUCAGCAUGGUCCGAGACGGGUUCCUGACGAAGAGAUGGAGUUGGAGAGUCUCGUUGACACGGAUAGCGGAAGCGAAGAGACGCGCUCUGAGAAGUCAGAACCUGAGACGGCGACUCUUCACGUUCCUGAUAGUAGUAAUCAGAGAAUUCGAAGCAGAAGUCCACGCCGAGCGGACAUCUAGAGUUGACCCUUUGGAAAGAGAGGAAAGUCCGGCUCGGAAACCAUCUCCGUUGCUAUUUAUGUUAAGCAGUCUACCAGUAGGCUUUGGGUAGAGUAUUCUAUGCAACGGUACUCUCAUACAUAC